GAGGGACGCCCUACGCGGUGACGUCACGACAGAGGCCGGUUCUCUUGGGCUAAGUCGAGUGUAGUUCUUCACUUCCGCGUUUCUUCUGCUUUUAAUUGCGAAAGGCUGAGGAAGCGGUAAAAUGUCUCAUCAGACCGGCAUCCAAGCCACAGCAGAGGUGAAGGAGAUCUUCACCAAGGCACGGAAUGGAGAGUACAGACUCAUUAAGGUGGUCAUUGAAAACGAACAGCUUGUGUUGGGAGGAACCAGAACUGCAGCGCAAAAAUGGGAGCUGGAAUGGGACAGUUACAUCCUGCCUCUCUUGGAGGAUGACAUGCCUUCGUAUGUCCUCUACAGGCUGGACAGCACCAAUAAUCAGGGCUAUGAGUGGAUCUUCCUAGCAUGGUCCCCGGAUCAUUCUGCCGUUCGUCAGAAGAUGCUGUAUGCUGCUACUAGGGCCACACUGAAAAAGGAAUUUGGUGGCAGCCACAUAAAAGAGGAGCUCUUCGGCACAGUAAAGGAUGAUGUAUCACUAAACGGCUAUAAAAGGUACUUGGCGUCCCAGGCUGCUCCACUCCCACUGACUGCUGCUGAGGAGGAACUGAGGCAAAUCAAACUCAGUGAGGUGCAGACAGACAUCCACUUGGACACAAAGCAGCAGACUUUGCAGGGCAUAGCUUUCCCCAUGCAAAGAGAUGCCAUUGAGGCCUUGGAGCAAUUCAGAGACAAAAGGAUUAACUAUGUUCAGCUCGAAAUUGAUUUUCCAAAAGAGUGCAUCAAGUUAACCAACACAGCUCCGACAGAGUUACGUGACCUGCCUAAACGAAUCCCUAAAGAUGCUGCACGGUACCACUUCUUCCUCUACAAACACUCACAUGAAGGAGACUACCUCGAGUCCACAGUGUUUAUAUACUCGAUGCCUGGUUACAAAUGCAGCAUUCGGGAGAGGAUGUUGUACUCCAGCUGCAAAAACCCCCUCAUAGACACUGUGGAAAACAAACUGCAGAUUGACAUUGCUAAAAAGUUGGAGAUUGAUAAUGGUGAUGAACUCACCAGUGACUACAUGUAUGAAGAAGUGCACCCAAAGCAGCAUGCGCACAAACAAGCCUUCGCCAAACCCAAGGGUCCCACUGGGAAGAGGGGGGGCCGCAGAAUCACGCGUGCUCCGGGGGAUGCAGGGGAUGAUGAUUAACACUGCUUAGCAAUGGUCCAGCUUGUAUGAUGAACCUUUUUAGAACUCCUACUCUACCUUAAAUCCGUUAACUCGUGUCUCCAUAGAAUUGUGUAUCUAUGCACAAAGGAAAACACUACACUAGGAUAUAGCCUGAAUGAGCAUCUCGUUCAGGGUUCUGUGAAAUUAAUGAUUACACACUACAUGUACUUACACUGCUUAUUAUGGAAAUUGAUUCACUUCUCAAACACAUUUUAAACACAUUUUAGCAUUAAUGAUGUUUAAAAGCAGGUGCUAAUUUCAGAGUUGAGAUGUUAUUUACAAAGCAUUUAGUAGAAAGGUGCAGACAUGCUUUGUGUAUAUGGGCCUCUGGUUUUAUGCCUGUUUCUGACAUUCUAUGCCUGUUAACAUUCUAACUGAGAGUGAUAAACUCUCUUUAACUAUUGAGUACAAUUCGUAUUUGAGUAACUUGUCAUUCCAGGCCAAACAGUUAGAUCUGUUUUCUCAUUUCCUCAGAUCAGUGUGUUUGCUCCCAAGCAACCGAAAUAAUGCCCUGAAGCAUUUAAUCAAGUUAAUCAAUAAUGUCCUGACAUCUAGGCUGAGUAGCCCUCUUCCACUGAAGUCAUGUUAUUUUAAUGAAGGAGUUUAAUGAAGUGCCACACAUGAUGAAGAAUUUAAUUAUUUUAUAAGUGUAGGUAUAUAAAUAACAGAAAAAAAAUUUAUAAUGUAAAGUUGUUUGAUAACACAAAAAGGGAAUUUUCUGAUAAGAAAUCUUGUUGAAAUUCUAUUUUUCUAAGCCUCAACGUUUGGUAAUGUCCAGAUCAUGUUGUUUAACCUCUUCAAUCAGGUGUCAUUUGUCUUAGCAGCCCUCCUUUUUGUCUAAUAUAAUGUUUCAAAUACACUCCAUGACAUUUAUGUCCACAUUAUAUAUACAUUGACUUUAUUCAGCAUUUCUAUGAAGAUCUAUGACUUUUAAAACAUCUUCUAAAUGAAGGGAAUACAGAACAGGAAUCCAUCUACUGAAUAGACAAACCACUAUUAUUCUUGUACUAGUGUGUUAAUGAAGUAAAUACAGUCUGGUACAUUUUGUCACGUCUCAAAUGUUUUUUAACAAAUGAAUUUUAUGACAUAGGAAGAUUAAAAUAUUUAUAUGAUAUCCCUCAA